UGUAUUCACGUGCGUCGUAAAUGGUGCACGCUUUUUAUUAGUUUUUAGUUGAGUAAAAUGUUGUAUUGUAUACUCAUAAAAAAAUAAAAUAUUGUUGAACAUAACUUCAAUUAAAUUAUUAAUAAAAAGUAAUACUUUUAUGUAGAAGUUCAAAUUAAUUUUAUAAUGGUGCGGCACAACAAUCAGCUGCCCAAUAAUCUUCCUCAGCUUCAAAAUCUUAUAAAAAGAGACCCGGCUUCGUAUAAAGAUGAAUUCUUACAGCAGCAACGUCAUUACAAGUCAUUACUUGCUGUGUUUACUUUACGACCAACUGAAUUCAACAAAAGUCUCGAUGAACUCGUCAUGUUUAUGGCUCAAGUAGCACACUGUUAUCCUGGUGAGCUUACUACAUUUGCACAAGAACUCACAGAUUUACUACAGACUCAUGGGCCAGUUUUAGAUAAAGACAUGCGAAUGACGUUUUGCCGAGCCCUGAUUCUUUUACGCAAUAAAAGAUUGUUGACGCCAACAGAUUUACUUUCACUGUUCUUUGGACUUCUCAGAUCGCAAGACAAAGAGUUAAGAAAGUUUUUAGAAUCACAUAUAGUUACGGACAUUAAAAAUUUAAACUCCAAACAUAAAGAUGCCAAAUUGAAUAGGAAUUUACAAAACUUCAUGUAUACCAUGUUAAAAGAUAAUAAUGCCAAAGCAGCCAAAAUGUCAUUGGGCAUAAUGAUCGACUUGUACAAAAAAAACAUUUGGAGGGAUACAAAAACUGUCAAUGUCAUAUCAACGGCUGUUUUUUCAAAAAUAACUAAAGUCAUGGUAGCCGCUUUAAAAUUUUUCGUGACAGUGGACACCAAUGAUUCCGACGAUGAAAGCGAUUCUUCUAGUUCUGAUGAUGAUGCACCAAACACAAGAGAUGUAAUAAUGGCUAAUAAAGUUAGCAAAACAACUAGAAAGAGGCAAAAGAACUUGAAAAAAGUUAAACGUUUAGUAGAGAAAAACAAGAAAAAAAAGAAACAGUCGCAGCCGUCUAAUUUUGCCGCUCUCACACUGAUACACGACCCUCAAGGAUUUGCUGAAAAAUUAUUUCAUCAAUUAGAAAAAAGACAUGAGCGAUUUGAAGUGAAAAUGUUGACUUUAGAUGUCGUUUCACGACUAAUUGGUUUACAUCAAUUAAUUCUAUUCAAUUUUUAUCCUUAUGUACAAAGGUUUUUACAACCUCAUCAAAAAGAGGUUGUGAGAAUGAUGCAAUUUGUCGCACAAUCGUCUCAUGAACUAGUCCCUCCCGAUGUAUUGGAACCUGUUUUGCGUGCGUUGGUCAAUAAUUUUGUUACAGAAAGAAAUUCAUCUGAUGUCAUGGCUAUUGGAUUAAAUGCCAUCCGAGAAAUGUGUUCAAGAGCGCCGUUGGUCAUGACUGAGGACUUGUUAAGAGAUCUUGCUCAGUAUAAAAAUUACAGAGAACGUAGCGUUAUGAUGGCCGCUAAAUCAUUGAUACACGUGUAUAGAUCUUCAAUGCCUCAUUUAUUACACAAAAAAGAUAGGGGUAGACCAACUGAAGCAACAAUGGAAAUUGUGGCUAAAAAAUAUGGAGAAAUCGAUGCAAAAGAGUUUGUGCCUGGGGCCGAAGUACUUCUUGAAUCGGAAGAUCAACCAGAAUUAGACAGUGAGUCUGACGAUUCUGAUGGCGAAUGGGUCGAUGUCAUACACUCGGAAGACGAAGGCGGCAAUGAUGUUGUAGACAAAGCAGAUAAUGAUGAAGAAGAAGAUGAUGAUGAUAUCGAAGAAGAAGAUAUUGAUGAAGAAGAAGAAAUGAAUGAAACAGACCUGAGUAUGUGUACACAAGGAACAACAUCUAAUGACACACCAACGAUAGUGAAAAAAGUUACAAAAAAACAACAGUUAGAAGAGAAAAAAGAAAAGGCUGCUCAAGUCAGUACUAUGCGAAUACUGAGCGAUGAGGAUUUUAAGCGUAUAGAAAUUGCUCAACUCAGUAAACAAAUGACUACAGCAAGAAAUCGGAAACGUCCUGCAGAACCUGAAGAAUCGUCUAGGGGUGAAUUAGUCCGGCUCAGAGAUAUUGAAAAUAUUUAUAAAAAAAGAAAACACGAUAAACAAACUAGAAUUGAAUCUAUAAAGAAAGGACAAGAAGGUAGAGAAAAGUUUGGAUAUAAAGACGGUCGAGUAGAUCCGUUCUCAAGUAAAACAAAUCGUGAAAAGAAUAAGAAUAAGAACUUUAUGAUGAUUAAACAUAAAGCCAAGGGGAAAAUAAAGAGAUCGUUUAAGGACAAGCAGAUUAAAUUACGUGAUCAUUUGUUGAAGCUGAAGAAGAUGAAAUAAAAAUUCACUAUAUUUAUAAAUUAUAUUUUUUAUUUCAAUAAUAAAGGAUAACAAGAUGAUGUAAAAAACUUAAA